GGAUUUAAGUGGUUCCAAGUAGUAACAGACAGACCAAAGUGAAUUACCAAGCAGAAUAAAACAAAACAUGCAAAUCUAAGCCUAAUACAGUAAUACAACUGAGUACAGAUAAAAUCUCACGCUGAAAGAUGUUUCAAUAAGUCUUUCACAGACUGGACGCCUUCCUAGACUGGGCACAAUCCUUUCCCCUGGUACUGCCCUUGUUCCAGCUCAGGUGGUAGCUAGGGGAUUCCUCAUGAUGGCUCUCCCUUUUCUCUGUUCCAUCCACUUAUAUAUUUUUUGCAUAAGGCGGGAAUCCUUUGUCCCUCUGGGUGCCCCCCCUUCUCAAUGGAAAAGCACCAGGUCAAAGAUGGAUCCCAGUUCAGGUGACAUGAUCACAUGUCACUGUCAGACUUCAUUGCCCACUUGCCAGCACACGUGUAUACAGGAAGACUCACAGGUAAAACAGAGCCACCUGCAGUCAAUUGUCCUGGUUAAUGGGAGUCAUCAAGAUUCCAAACCACUAUUAAUUGCCCACACUUUGCAUCAUUACAAUAGGCCCUCAGAGUUAUAUUUCAUAUUUCUAGUUUCAGAUACAAGAGUGGAACAUUUAUACAAAUAGGAUGAUCACACUCAGUAGAUUAGAAGCUUUGUAAUGAUGCCUUACAAAGAGACCUUUUGCAUAAAGCAUAUUCCAGUUACAUUAGCAUAUUUUCAUAAAAGCAUAGAAAGUGCAACGUCACACACUCCACCUCCAGAAUCAGCAAUAGCAGAGGCUGGUUAUGGCAGCAGACUCCUUUAACUUAUUCCAGCACUGAAGCAAAGGCAAAGGCUGGCUUUUUAUGCCUUUGCAGCUGUGCCUGUUUUAACCGAUCGGGGGGGGGGUUCCCUUGUUGCUUGGAUGAGACCCUCCCUGCUCCUGUCGUCGUGCACUGACUCCAUCUGUAAAAGAUGCCGUCUCCCGAAAUAAUCCCUGCUCCUGAGGCAAGAAAGGAACAGCAUUGCAGGAGGACUUGACCAAAACAAGGUGCUCAUCUCCAUGCACUUCUCCCUCUGGGCAGAGGAUGAGAGAACAAACGUGUGACAGGUGCGUGGCUGUGUUACUGAAAGCACUACUGGAAGGCACUCGUGUGACAGUGUAAAAACUUAGAAUAGACUAGAACUCUGAGUGGAUGGAAUUUCCUGUUUCCUCGUUCACUGUGUGGCUCCGGAGGCAGGUUGUGCAUAGCUGGCUCUGUACGUAUACCCUAACUUUGACUUAUCCCUCUGAACUCCCAGCAGUAAUUUUGUGAUUUUUUCCCCCCCCCCCAUAUGGUUGGUGGUGUCUGCCUAGCCCUGCUGCAUCUGUCUGGGACGCUGUCUGCUUCCGAACGAUACACUUGGAUAGUGUGCUGAUAAGAGACGUCUAAGGAAAAACUUUGCACCACAGGAAGUGGUGUUGGUGAUUCCGUAGACGAUGCUCUUCCUUCUGAGUCCGUACUUGUCUCUGUCCCAGUCAUGAUGCUGAGAGAACCAUCUGUCAUUGUGAAAUGGUAGCACUCUUCUUUUAAAAGACCAAACUGUUGAUCAUUGGGUCCUAGCCAAAUCUGUAUUUGGUAUUUACAUUUUGCUUACCAAAAAAGUCUCUCUUGUAGCUUCAAUUGGACAGGGUACUCUUCUCUUUCUGCCCUAAAGGGAGGUGUUGUAGUUUGCUGUUAAAUGGUGGAUAUGUUCUGCUCCAGAGGUGGAUGCAUUUCAGUAGUGAGUGAGAUCAUCAUGGUGCAGAUGAUAUAUACAAGGCCUGGUUUUCAAUUGUAGGCCUCUAAUUUAAGGCAUCCAGUUCCUCAUUUUGGGUGUUCAUAUUGGUACUUUAGCUGUGAAAAUGCUGAUGUGAGCACCAGAUGUGAAACGGGAUGUGCUAACUAAGAUACCGAUGUUCUAGAACCUGAUUCCCACUGCCCCACCACCCUGUAAAGCCCUGUGGGAUCCUUGGAAAUCAUAGCCAUUACUCAGUGGUCUUAAGACAUGGAACAUGUUAGGGCUAGCAUCUGAAGUGACGUGAUCAUAGAGGCAGAAAUAAGGUUGCACUAACCAUAGUUUUGCAUGCUUUCUAGACCUGGUGGAAUGUUGUGACAGCAGCUGUUUAAAAUGUUACAUACCAUCAAUUGUCCUUGGUUUUUCUUGUGGAUUCCCUUGGCCAUGGGUAGUUCUGCAGUGGUGUGUGUGUUUGUAUUUGGAAUUCCUUAUCUGAACUGUCAUUAACCUUCUCUUUGAUUUGCCUUUGCAGUUUGCUGGUAGGUGGAAUGGGACAGUCAUGAAUGGUGAUGCCCUUUGCCAAGAGUCUUCCUCCCAGCUUCCCGACUGGAGGGAAUUCUGUGAGCUCCACGCCCAGGCUGCCGCGGUGGACUUUGCUCAGAAGUUCUGCCAGUUCCUGAAGGAGAACCCCCAUUACGAUACCCCGGGGGCUGAAACCUCCUUCUCCCAUCACUUUGCUGCCAAUUUCUUGGACAUCUUCAGCUUGGAGGUCAGUAGGGUGUUUGUGUCCGACUCCCCAACCAAGUACAACAUAGUGCCCUUUGUGGGGCUACAGAACUGCCACAUGCCUUACGGCCGAGACAUCCUCCAGAGGAAAGAGGAGACCUCCACAGAAUCCCUGGACAGCAUGGACAACCCCGUGAACUCCAGCCGAUAUCUGAGCCAGUCCCAGCAGGCUCAGGCCCAUAAAGUUUCUUCCUACGGUCACUCUCGGAGUUCAGAGGACGUCUCUGUCCAUGCUACUUCCAAGCCGAAAUUCAAGAAAGGCUUCUCCUUGAGGAAUAUGAGCCUGUGCGUGGUGGAUGGCAUGAAGGAGAUGUGGCACAGGAAGUCCUCUCCGGAGCCAGGCGUGGAGGCCACGCAGGGUGGCCGGAGGUCAGAGAGAGAGCACUGUCCCUCUGUGAACAAGGAACACAAUGACAUGAGGGAGAGAUGGACUCACAAGCUACGGCUGUCAAAAGUCCAGUCUUCCAAGGUGGAACUGGUGGAUAUUCAGAGGGAGGGCACCCUCCGCUACAUGGUGGCGGACGACACGAACUGCGUGGGUAGCUCUCAGUGGCAGAAAUGUCGGCUGAUGCUCAGGAAGGCUGUGAAGAUGGAGGGAGAGAGGUUCCUGCUGGAGUUUUAUGUGCCUCCAAAGGCUUCCAAACCUAAGGUCAGCAUCCCGCUCUCCGCCAUCAUUGAGGUCCGGACGACCAUGCCUUUGGAGAUGCCGGACAAAGACAACACCUUUGUGCUGAAGGUGGAGAAUGGCGCUGAGUAUAUCCUGGAAACCAUUGACUCCCUCCAGAAACACUCCUGGGUGGCGGAUAUCCAGGACUGCAUAGACCCUGGGGACAGCGGAGAUGAUAUUGAACUUUCCUCCUGUGUGCAGGGAGCCUGCUUGCCAGGCAGGGUACCCUCCUGCAGCUGUGAAUUUCUGGCCGAUGGUGUGCAGAGGACUCCAGACAGAUGUUCUGUGCUCGCCACCCACCCCACCACCCCAACCGCUGCCACUGUCAUAUCAGCCCCGCAUGGCAGGGCCAGGGACUCCUCGGGGGAACACCUGGCCCACAUACCACUGGAAAACUUCCUGCAGACCCUGGAGUCGCCAGCCACCAGCAGUCAUUUAGCAGGGGACGAAAGCGAGACAGAAGCGGAGAUCAACCUCUCAGAUUUCCCCUGGUUCCACGGGACGCUGUCACGGAUCAAAGCCGCCCAGCUGGUGCUCUUUGGUGGGACCAGGAGUCACGGUCUGUUUGUCAUUCGGCAGAGUGAAACUCGACCAGGCGAAUAUGUGCUGACUUUUAACUUCCAGGGGAAAGCAAAGCACCUGCGGCUGUCCCUGAACGAGACCGGCCAGUGCCACGUGCAGCACCUCUGGUUCCAGACCAUCUUCGACAUGUUGCGGCACUUCCACACCCACCCCAUCCCCCUGGAGUCCGGCGGCUCAGCUGACAUCACUCUCCGCAGCUAUGUCGUGGCGCAGGGCCCCUUCUCUGAUGCCAGCCCUGCUCCAGCUGUUGCCUCCCAACAGCCCAGCUGCAGGAGCGACCUCCCGUCCCAACACUACUUCUCCAGCUUUGUGCCAGGCCCUUUCCAGCCCGCGUCGCCCGUGGAGGGGGCUGUCGCCUCUUCCUCCUCCACCGGCCACCCUCUGUACCACCGAAUGGAGGGGACCCUCAGCGCCCGGAGCCGCAGCAACAGCACUGAGCGCCUGCUGGAGUCGCCCAGCGUUAGCGCGGACGACUACCAUGAGAGUGACGGCUCGCGCAACAGGACCAGGGCGGUUGAGAACCAGUAUUCUUUCUACUGAGGGGUCACAGAGUGGAGGCCAGCCCUCUGUGUGGGGUGUCCUGGCCUACCGAUGCAGCUGUGGUUCAUGAGGAUUGCCGAUGAGCCUGGCUCCAAUCUCCGACCCUCCCUCCCCCAGUGGAUGUUUACAUAUCGCCAUGGCCCAAAGCUUUGGGCUGUCCCCACUCUCUUGUCAACUCUCUGGCGUGCCCCUCACCUCUGUGUCCGAUUCACUGGUGCCAACUCCAUCCAUUACCAGCAAUGGACCUGGGCUGUCCUGUCUCCCCCUGGCAGCUCAGAGAAUGGUUUGAACGAUGAGCGACUCGCCAGCCUGGCAACCACGUUGGGGUUGUCCCAACCAAACACAUUCACGGCUCCCUAGAUCUGGCUCGUGCUCUGAGCUCAGAAGGCCAAAGACACCAGUGCCAUUAAGGGACCUGUUCUAGGGUCAGCAGUGCCCGCUCUCUGCCCUUGUCAGCUUGUGGUCAGUUCCCUUAACUCCUACGAAGACUCGCCUGCUUGUCUCUCCAUUGUCUGCUAUCGGAUCGGGACUUUUCACUUCCCGUUUGGGUCUAGUAACAUGUAGUGGUUCUCCUGGAAUAGGAAUUCAUGGCUUUGAUUUAUAUCGUUCUUCCCUUAGCUGUGCACAAUGAAAGCAUCUCCUGGCGUUUCCUUGAUGGAAAGGACUAGACGUUGCCAGUGUUGGAACAUAGUCAAGGUCACCUCAAACGGUUACUUCCCUUCAGGGAUAAUUACCUUGAGUUCUGCAAACAAGACACUGCAGGCUGGUAACGUUUUGAGGUGACCUUGUACAUGACAAAUCUCGCCAAGGUAGUUUUGUUGCUAGCACAGAGAAGGUGCCCACACACACACCAGUCAGGGAUGGAAAAGACCCAUCCAACUAUCUGGUCCCUUUCCAUUGCUAUUAUAAGAUUGUUCACUGCAGGAAAUGUAGGGGGGUUUGUCCACUUGAGUUCCAAACCCGGGGGGAGAUUAUCCCACAGCCUAAUGCAUCUGACUGUCAGAAAGUUUUUCCUGAUAGCCAGCCUAUAUUUUCCUUUUCUUCACUUUAUCCACCCUAAUAAUUCCUUUUCCUUGUUGGUUUUUUAAAUCCUACAGCUGCUUGAGGGGUGGAAUAAAAUCCCCCUGCCGCCGUCACCUCUUAUCCAGCCUGUAUCUUUGAAGUUCUGUUAGUAUUUCCUUCUAAAGCCAUCUCCUCAGGCCCUGAUCAUUUGUGUUUAUGUUCUCUGAACUUCCCCCCGUUUGUCAAUGGCUUCUUGGUAACAUAUGCACAUGUGUCUCUUAUGCAUAUUCUCUCUCUCACUCACUCAAUCUUUUACGUGCAUGCUCUUUCUCUCUGACACACACAUACACCAAUGUGAAAGUUCCUGGUUGAAUCCCAAUCAUGGCUAACCCCUGUAUGUUCCAUUGUCGUUGCUAAGAGGAACACAAUUGCAAAUGCACCUUUUGGCUAACAUGGCAAAUUCAAUCAGUUCCAUCCCCUAGAGACAGAGCUUUUAAAAUAUGACAUUGGCCCAGAUUUUCCAAGUGGUCACACAUUUUGGCGGGGGUGCUCCAGUGUUUGGGUCCCCAGCUAGAGAUGCCCAGGGAACCUCAUUUUCAGGAGGGCCAGGCCCCCUCUACUCUGUUAGAAGUUAGUGAAAAUUUGGUUGGGCUCCCCAAAAUUAAGGCACUGAAAAUCAGGGGCUACUUUUGAAACUAUUGCCCAUUAAACUUAACUGCCUAAGAAGAGCGAGCUGGAGAAAAGAGGGCUGUUUCUUGCUGUAUACAUAGAUAAAAUAACUGAAGUGUUUGGUUGGUAUGCUUUUGGUUUUAAUUUAAAAUAAAAAAUAUGUAUUCAUGGCUGGAUGAAACUCCCCCUGGGCAGAGAGCCAGCACUUAAAGCCAGGUCUACACACCAAUUUAAUGCUGAUAUAAUUAUGUCAGUUGGUGGGCUGGGGCCUGGUGUGUGUAUUUUUAUUUAAACUGAAAUUGUUACACCAGUACACCUCUAGUGUGCAUGUGUGGCAAACUGGAUUGAGCACUGGACGGGGACUUAGCAGACCUGGGUUCUGUUCCUAGUUCUACUAUUAGCCUGCUGGGUGACCUUGGGCAAGUCACGUCCUGUCUCUGUGCCUCAGUUUCCCCAUCUGUAAAAUUGGCAUAAUGAGACUGACCUCUCCUUUGUAAAGUGCUUUGAGAUCUACUGAUGAAAAGCCUCAUAUAAGAGCUAGGUAUUAUGAAAGCUGCCUUUUAACACUAUAUAUUAUUCCAUAUGGGAACAAGUUAUAUGGUGUAAGCACCUAUCUACCAGUCUAACAGAGUCCACACUAGGGAGGGUUUGCGCUGCAGGUGUUGUUAAAGCAGCACAACUUGUGUGUGUAGACAAGGCCUUGAGUCCCACUCAAGGGUUCCUUUGGCAUUUUUUGGUGCCUUCUUUCCUGAGCCAGCAAAAUGUGUCCUCAUCUCUCCCCCCUCCCCUUUCCUGUGGCCAGCUCUUCCCCUCCCCUGCCCCCCACUUGCAAAGGCAAAGAAUGGGUCUUCUGGGCCAGCCUGCACCACCUGCUUAAGUGUUGUGCCCCUGAAGCAGGAUGGGGGGAGUGGAGCCUUCGGCUGCCCAUCCCCCUCUGCUUACAGCCACUUCUGCUUUCAAAGGCUCUGGAAGGGACAGCGGGAGGGGUUUGAUUUAGUUUGGGGUUUUUAUUUGCCUGCUGCAGCAGCCCAGCCUAGGGGGGUCACAUACAGAGGAGCCCGUGCGAUAUGCAAACAGGUGCCAUCCUGUGCUGCAGAGAAAGGCAGGUAGCGAGUUUGAAAUAGACCUGCUGUGUUUGCGCCCCCAAGGAACUGACGGGGCGCGUCCAGCUAUUGAAUGGUUGCUGCCAUUCUCCUCCUCCAGACAGACUCAGCGAGCUGGCCGGACAGAGGCAAAGCAUUGCCUCGGAGACCUUCGCCAGUUGGCGGCUUUUUCCCAUUCCGCCUUGGGGGUGGGGUAAGCGGGAAAGGGGGUAGCAAAUGAUCUACAAGCAAAUAUGUUGAUUUGUAAAUAGGGGGAAGUAGGGAAAAGUGUAAUGUUCUGUAGAAUAACUAAAUUUAUUUAAGCAACUUGUAAAACAAAUGGAAAAAUUGAGUUCCAGUUUUGAAAUAAAACCACUUGAACCAAGA